AAGUGUAAUGGCGAAGGCAGCGAGUAGUAGCCGUCAAAGAGCUACCGUAACGGCAGCGACCCCACAGGAUACGCAGCCGACGACGCGACGCACGGAAACUGCAGCGUCCCAGAAGCUAUCGGAGGUGGAGAAGAGUCUCUCGACGACCACUCGCCUCCAGAGCGAGCUCAGGAUUCGCGGCAUCAUCGUGGGCGUCAACCUGGUCGUGGUGCUGCUGUCGCUGGUCGCGCUGUGGUGCGCCGCGUACACGCACUGGGUGCUGCCCUCUUCGGAGCGAGGCGACCUGCUCACCAGCCUGAUGCACAAGUCCUUCCUCUUCACCUUCUUCAUGCACCUCGACGUGUUCGUGGCGGUCGUCAGCGUGUCGCUGUCUGCAGUCGCCGCCUGCGGCCUGGUCGGCGCGCUUCGCGAGAACAUCGCCGUGCUCGAGGCCUACCAGAGCCUGCUGGCCGUCAUAAUCCUGGUCAACAGCAUCACGGCCAUCGCGGCCGCGCUGGGACCGCAGUCGGCGCGCGACAAGCUCAAGGAGAGCGCGUACGUCGAGUUCGUCCAGGGCUACCGGCAGUCCGAGUACUUCCAGCACCUGAUCGACACGCUCCAGAGGUCCAUGCGCUGCUGCGGCUUCUCUCGGGACACGUUCCGCGACUGGGACCGCAACGAGUACUUCCACUGCGCCAUGGGCAAUCCGAGCCGCGAGCGUUGCUCGGUGCCCUUCUCUUGCUGCCGGCUUCGCGUGCUGGACGUGAACGACUCGUCCAACCUGCCGGUGCUGGCGAGGCGCUUCUGCGGCCACGGCGUGCUGCUCAUGGACGACCAAGAGGCCUGGCAGCGCGUCUACACGCGCAGCUGCGCCGACGCCGCGCUGACGUACGUCAUGGACAACCUCGUGACGUUCGUCGGCGCCGGCAUGACGCUCAACAUGUUCCUGCUGUUCAUGCUCAUCACGUCCGUGGUGCUGCAGGACCAGAUUCAGACGAUAUCGGCCAUCUCCGAGGCGUACUACGAAACGCUGAACGAAGGCCAGGAGGCCAUGCAGGAAGCCGGCCUCAUCAAGCUCCCCGAAAAGCCGCGGAACAAGCCAGCCGACAAAAGCCCCGACAAGGCAAACGACAAGGUGGCCCAAUAGCAGAGGAGGACGGUGGGACGCUCUUGUGUUGGGCCGGCCCUACAUGAUGAACAAUUACACAAGACAUAUGCCGUUGUUUUCCUUUCUUAUUUUGUUCGUGACUUAUUCGGCCCUAGCCUCCACUAUUUUGCUGGAUUUAGCAGUUAUACGGAUUCUUUCGUUUAGAGAAUGACACUGCUGUUCAGAACUGUAUGGUACUCUGCGUAAUUUCCCGUGAAGAACUAUGUCAUUUUUUACUGUGUUCACUUAUACUGUUUUGAAAUGGUUAGUGUGUCACUCUUUGUCUUACUCUAUAGUGACACCCAUGAACGCUUAUUUCGGAUCGCAAUGCGUUGCCGUUGUUCAUCCUGGGAAAGAGGCUGUUCAUUAAAGCUGGAUAUGUUUGCCUGGCUGCA